AUGGAUAUGAACCAUCUCAUAGGUCAGCGUUUCAACCUGAUCUCCAAGAGUGACAUUCGUUACGUUGGUACUUUACAUGAGAUCAACCCUGAGGCCUCGACAAUAGCCCUUGAAAAUGUCGUCUCUUUUGGAACAGAAGGCAGACGAGGAAAUCCGGCUGAGGAGAUCCCUCCGUCUGCCAGUGUCUAUGAAUACAUUGUCUUCCGUGGGAGUGAUGUAAAGGACAUUAGCGUAGCCGAGGAGAAGAAGGAGAAUGCACAGCCUGAACCUCCUCAGGUGCCAGACGAUCCCGCUAUCCUAGGGAGCAUGUCUCGCCCAGGACCCGCCCCUCAUGGACCUUCUCAAUCUCAACCACCGCAGCAAUCUCAGGUUCCUCGUCCCAACCCCCCUGGAUAUCCUCAACAGCCACAAUUCCCAGGCUUCUACCCACCUUAUGGACAACGCUUUGGCGCUCCUGGCUUCCCACCUGGACCUGGAUUUCCGAACAUGCCGUAUGGUGCUCCGCCGGGAUGGUACCCUCCUCCUGGUCAGGGAUUUCCUCCAGGACCAGGACAAUUUCCUCCUCAGAUGCCUAUUACUGCCCCUGGACCACACCAAACUCCUUCUCCCCAGAAUCGAGCUGGAGCCCCGGGCGCGGGUCCUGUAAAUGUACCCAAGCCCACUUCGGAGCUCCCGGUUGGUGACCGGCAGACGAGUAAGCCCGCUAGCCGGAACACCACACCUGCCCCUGCUCCAUCUGCACAGAAUCCUCCUCCACCCCCCGUCGAGUCUAAGCCUUCCGUAACAGAAGCCGUAAAGGCCUCUACUUCUCAAAGUGCGCAAGCAGCUGCUCUUGGAGCUGGUCCUGGAACACCAUCCAAGGUACCUCCGACUGGACCUAAGGGCGGUCGUGUUCAGCCAGCGAUUCCUGUUACCAACCUACCUAAGCCACCUAUUCCGGCUGUAGCCAAUCCUCUUGCUAGUGUUCCUGGAAAUAAUGUGUCACAAGGACCUGCAUUGUCCGCUAUCACGGAGGCUACUCGUGCUGCAACUGCUGCGGUUGCUGCCGCCAUGGCCAAGCUGCCACAGCCUAAUGCUCCGAAACAGUCCGUGCAGGAUGCAGCUGUGGACGCCGUGACCAAGCAGAUGGGUGAAUUGAAGACGCAAGAAGGCGGCCGUCCUCCACGUGGUGGACAUCGUGGUGGACGUAGUGGUCAUCGCGGCCAUUACCAGGGACCAGCCAAGAAGGUUGAAGUUCCCGACACUGACUAUGACUUUGAAAGUGCCAAUGCCAAGUUCAACAAGCAAGAUCUGGUCAAGGAAGCCAUUGCCACCGGCUCUCCUGUGACCGAGGCCGAAGCACACGUCGAGAACGGUGAGGUCGAAGCUGUUGAUACCACUCAUCAUGCGCCGUCCACCAGUGCCUCUGCUUACAACAAGUCUACCUCAUUCUUCGACAACAUCUCCAGCGAGGCUCGCGACCGCGAGGAACGCUCCGGAGGUCGACCUGGCGGUCGUGAGUGGCGUGGCGAAGAAGAGAAACGGAACAUUGAGACCUUCGGCCAGGGUAGCGUUGAUGGCUAUCGCGGUCAUUACAGAGGCCGUGGCAGAGGCAGAGGCUACGGUGGCCGGGGCCGUGGUGGCUAUGGCCGCGGCUACAACACUCGAGGCCGUGGUAACUAUCGGGGACGCAGCAACUCGCAGUCUACCGGGGUGCCUGCACCGAUCUAA